AUGAAUUGUAUUAUCGAUCAAUUAGAAUCAACUCAAUUCACCAUUCAAUGUCAACUUGAAUCAUCACCAACCAUCUAUGGUCCUGCUUCUGUUCAAUUGAAUGUCGAUGGGUUGUUGUUUGAUAGUAAAACAUAUCUCAUUAGAUUCAUUAAACCAUCGACUGGUGGUUCAACUACAACCACCACUACUGCAACCUCCUCCACGACCACAACUACAACUACCUCUACAACAACAGGAGGUAUCACACCCAAGUCACCCAAAGAAAUAUGUUCAGAGACCACUCAAUAUUGUUUUGGACAUGGAACAUGUGAUGACAAUGGAAUAUGUCAAUGUCAAAGUGGAUUUAAUCCUGUUGAUAAUUGUUUGACUAAAUUUGUCGAUAAUUCAUCAUACAUCCCCAACCCAGAAUCACCAUCAACAAAUAUCAGUGUAGAUGGAGUUGAAUUUGGGUUCGAUAUAGUUGCCAUUCAAGAAAUAGGAUUGGACAACGAAAUUGUCAAGGAACUGCUGACCAAUAGUUGGAUAUCAAAUAUCACAACCAACAAUACAUUUACAGAUGCAGUCUACCAACUAGUAAUCUCCAACACAAGUAUCUUGGCAGACACACAAGUAACAGUCAACAUAACAUUCUCAACACAAUCUCGAAGCAUCACAUUUGGCAACCAACAACUAUUGAUCAAUCCCAAUUCAAUCAAAUUGGCAGUAUCUAUCAAUGGUUGGGAGUACUCAUCGAAUGUAGCAACACUCAGAGUAGUAUUAAAGACAACAACCAACAACCAACAAUCAAUCGAAUACGACUGCAAAGAGACCAACGUAGAUUCAUUCUCAUACGAUGACUAUGGAACACUUCAAUACCUCAGAGUACUCAAAGACAAUGUUCAAUUCAACGGUAGAUUCAUUGACUUUGCAUUGGCAGAUGGUCGAACAACCUAUUCACAAACACUACUCAUCAAUCAAACAUCGAUCAGUGAUGAAGAGUCAGUUUCAAUGAUAGGUAUCACACUACCACAAUGUCAAUCAUGCGUACUCGAUCCCGAUUUCACACCAUUACUAGUUGUCAACGAUAAAGAUGGCGUAUGUUCGCCAUCAGAUGACAACAAAUGGAAGAUUAUUGUUGGAUGUGUUGUUGGUGGUAUUGGUAUAGUAGCUAUCGUCACUGCAAGUGUAAUCUAUGGAAAAAAGAAAAUGCUGAAUUCAGCAAUAUGGAUCAUUCAACAAUACAAAAUGAAUGUUCCGAUGGACCAAACUCUAUGCGCAGCUAACUUUGUGUUUUUAUGUGUUGGAGGUCAUGUCAAUCAAUUGGUCGUAAAAGACUCUACUUUUGGUAAUUUCCCAAAUAAUUUUGAGCUCAUCUCGACAACGCUCAAUUCUUUUGGCAUGAUCCUUUUUGGCCACAGUCAAUCUAUGAAAUUCCCGAGUCACCCGACACUUAAUAAGUUGGAACUGUAUGGUGACGGAACGACGACAGAGGUCAUUAUCGAUGAAACUGUUUUACUACCCAAUCUCACAGAGCUUGGCUUUGGUAUAACCUAUGGAAAUGCAAUUCAAUCAAUUGGUAACUUUACUGCAAAGACCUUUCCAUUCCUAUCAGAAUUAACUCUCUACCUUCCAUAUACCACACCGCCUGUACGGCUCAAUCUCGAUCUUCCCAGUCUCAAUGAAUUGAUUUGUGGCAGAUCUUACGAAAUAUUUGGACCUGCAAACACCAUUAUUCACUUUAAUAAUACUCGAGUACCUACCGUAUUGUCGCUUUCGGAGAGUGGUUUAACAUUUGAUCCAAGUCUUGAUAAAUUCACAAAUCUAAAAACUGUUACCGGAGAUAGGUACAAUUCCAGUCAAUAUCCAUUACAAGCUUAUCCACCAAACAUCAACCAAAUCACUUUCCCUUCUUCACCAAUCAAUACUAUCCCAGCUAUUCCCAUACCUUCAAGUGCCACACUUUUAGAUCUGUCUGGAACUCUGAUUCCCAUGCCAAUUGAUUUUAAUACAAUAUUGAAAAAUAUGACUGGGAAUUUGGUUUUGAAUCUUCAAAAUAAUGCUGCACUCAUUGGACACCUUGCACAAGAAACUGCAUUAUGCAGAUUAAAAGCUUUACAGUUGGGAGGUACUGGUGUAGCAUCUAUUCCAGAUUGUUUUUGGUGUUAUCAAAAUGAACCGACUGCUAGAAUUGCUCUUCCAGCUUCGGUUGUCAUACCAGGUGGUUUUACAUGUCCAAUCACAUUUGAUAGUACCAAUAUAGCCACGAUAUUCGGGCAAGUUAUCAUCAAGGGUAAAAAUCUGGGUUGGGGUGCAAAUGUCGGUGGAAAUAUUCUGGUUCCCAUCGUUCCAAAUGAACAAUUACUGGCUACUAUCUCUGGAAUUGCAAACACUGGACCAUCACAACCAAUCAAUAUUCAGUUUAGUAAUAAUUAUCUAGAAUAUACCUAUACAUUCAAUAUAAUAGAGGCUGGAUUCAAUGUAUCAGCUACUACUGCCGAUCAACGACCAAAUCAUUUGACAACUGUCAUUGUAACAUUCUCGGCGAUAAAUACCUACCUCAAUCAUUAUGCAUCGAUUAAUGGAGUAUUGGCAACAACAAAAUUAAACACUUCCAAUACCUAUCAAUUUGCAUUCACAGGACUUUCAUUUGGAUUAAAUAAUGUUUUAAUUUCCAAUGACUAUUUUUCGAUAUUUGUUCCAGUUCAAUAUACACAAUCAUACCCAAUUGUCAAUAAUUUCAUAUCCGAUGCAAUUGUUAAAUCUGGAUCGACCAUUCAAUUGGAGGGUAAUUUUGGAACAUAUCUUGUCAGUUCAUCAGUCACCAUUCAAAAUAGUAACAGUCAAUACAACUACUCUGUUUGUUUAAUUUCCGAGUUUACAACAACUAGAAUAUCGUGUAAGGUAGAGUCACCAAUUUCAAGUGGUCUUGCUACUUUUAAUAUCACUGUCGAUGGAUACUCUAUUCUCAAACAAUAUACUAUUCAAUCAGCUCAACAACAAUGUGAGAGUGAAACUAAUCAUUGUGCCAAUAAUGGUGUUUGUACUCCAAAUGGUAUUUGUAUUUGUAAUGUCAAUCAAGGUGCUUAUUAUAAUAAUUGUUCAAAACCAUACCCAUUUGCAACGAGUGGACAAGUGAACGAUCAAAAUACAACACAACGAUCGAUUAGUUUAUUUGGUGAUUUUGGACCCAAUGCACUGACCAACUCAUCGGUUAGAAUCAACAACACAAUGAAUUGUAUUAUCAAUCAAUCACAAUCAACUCAAUUCACGAUUCAAUGUCAACUUGAAUCAUCACCAACCAUCUAUGGUCCUGCUUCUGUUCAAUUGAAUGUCGAUGGAUAUUUAUUUGAUAGUAAAACAUAUCUUAUCAGAUUCAUUAAACCAUCUUCAUCUGGUUCUACAACUACAACCACUACGACUACUACCUCAACUACUACAACCACCUCUACAACAUCAGGAGGAGAAACACCCAAAACACUCAAAGAAAUAUGUUCAGAGACCACUCAAUAUUGUUUUGGACAUGGAACAUGUGAUGACAAUGGAAUAUGUCAAUGUCAAAGUGGCUUUAAUCCUGUUGAUAAUUGUUUGACUAAAUUUGCAGACAAUACAACAUUUACACCAAACGCAACAGCACCGUCAACCAAUAUUAGUGUAGAUGGAGUUGAAUUUGGAUUUGAUAUAGUUGCCAUCCAAGAAAUAGGAUUAGACAAUGAAAUUGUCAAGGAACUAUUGACCAAUAGUUGGAUAUCAAAUAUCACAAUCAACAGUACAUUUACAGAUGCAGUCUACCAACUAGUAAUCUCCAACACAAGUAUCUUAGCAGACACACAAGUAACAGUCAACAUAACAUUCUCAACACAAUCACGAAGCAUCACAUUUGGCAACCAACAACUAUUGAUCAAUCCCAAUUCAAUCAAAUUGGCAGUAUCUAUCAAUGGUUGGGAGUAUUCAUCGAAUGUAGCAACACUCAGAGUAGUAUUAAAGACAACAACCAACAACCAACAAUCAAUCGAAUACGAUUGCAAAGAGACAGACAUCUCAUCAUUCUCAUACGAUGAUUAUGGAACACUUCAAUACCUCAGAGUACUCAAAGACAAUGUUCAAUUCAAUGGUAGAUUCAUUGAUUUUGCAUUGGCAGAUGGUCGAACAACCUAUUCACAAACACUACUCAUCAACCAAACAUCGAUCAGUUCCAAUCAAUCAACAGCAAUGAUAGGUAUCACACUACCACAAUGUCAAUCAUGUGUACUCGAUCCCGAUUUCACACCAUUACUUGUUGUCAACGAUAAAGAUGGUGACUGUUCAUCGACCGACCAAAAGUGGAAGAUUAUUGUUGGAUGUGUUGUUGGUGGUAUUGGUUUUGUUGCUAUCGCCGUUGGAUCAACUAUUUACAUUAAAAAGACACUGAUAACAAAGAAACGCAACAAAAAGAUGGAGAUGAAAUUACGAAAUUCGAGAACUCUAUAG